CACAUAGUUGGUCUGUUUGCUUAUCAUUAAUUAUUCUAUCGAUUAGUUAAAUGUCGUAUUUAUUUUUUAAAGUUAACUAAAUUUUUUACAAUUGAUGGUACAUUCCGAGAGAGGCGAUGGUUGUGCGUACCCCCAGCGGCUCCACUCCGCUUGCUUCCCCCGCUUCAGCUGCUCGGCUAACGGCUACCACCAAUGGCGUCCACGGAGAUAGCAAGGCAAGCGGGUGAAGGUGCCCGGACCGUGCCUCUCGCCGGCCAUGUCGGCUUCGACAGCAUGCCUGACCAGCUGGUCAACAAAUCUGUCAAUCAUGGAUUUUGCUUCAACAUCCUCUGCGUCGGAGAGACGGGUCUGGGCAAGUCCACUCUGAUGGACACGUUGUUCAACACCAAGUUUGAGGGCGAUCCCACGCAGCACAGCCAGCCCGGAGUGACGCUCAAGUCCAACACCUACGAGCUCCAGGAGAGCAACGUGCGCCUCAAGCUCACCGUCGUCAACACCGUGGGCUUCGGGGACCAGAUUAAUAAGGAAGACAGCUACAAGUCCAUCGUGGAGUUCAUCGAUACCCAGUUUGAAGCGUAUCUCCAAGAGGAGCUGAAGAUCAAGCGCACGUUACACAGCUACCACGACACGCGCAUCCACGCAUGUCUCUACUUCAUCGCUCCCACGGGGCACUCGCUCAAGUCCCUCGACUUGGUGACCAUGAAGAAGCUCGACAGCAAGGUCAACAUUAUCCCAAUCGUGGCCAAGUCCGACGCCAUCUCCAAGAGUGAGCUGACCAAGUUCAAGAUUAAAAUCACCAGCGAGCUGGUCAGCAACGGCGUGCAGAUCUACCAGUUCCCCACCGACGACGAGUCCGUCGCCGAGAUCAACUCCACCAUGAACAGCCAUUUGCCGUUCGCAGUGGUGGGCAGCACGGAGGAGGUGAAGAUCGGGAACAAGAUGGUGAAGGCUCGCCAGUAUCCCUGGGGCACCGUGCAAGUGGAAAACGAGAAUCACUGUGACUUUGUCAAACUGCGAGAGAUGCUGAUCCGAGUGAACAUGGAGGACCUGCGCGAGCAGACGCACACGAGCCACUACGAGCUGUACCGCCGCUGCAAGCUGGAGGAGAUGGGCUUCAAGGACACGGACCCCGACAGCAAGCCCUUCAGUCUGCAGGAGACGUACGAGGCCAAGAGGAACGAGUUCAUGGGUGAGCUGCAGAAGAAGGAAGAAGAAAUGCGGCAAAUGUUCGUCCAAAGAGUCAAAGAGAAGGAGGGGGAGCUGAAAGAAGCCGAGAAAGAGCUGCACGAGAAGUUUGACCGCCUGAAGAAGCUCCACCAAGACGAAAAAAAGAAACUGGAGGACAAGAAGAAGUCCCUGGAUGAUGAGCUCAACACGUUCAAACAGAAAAAGACGGCGGCCGAGCUCUUGCUGAAUCAGGCCCAGCAGGCGGGGGGCUCCACCACGCUCAAGAGGGACAAAGAGAAAAAGAAAGAAGGAUUCCUGUAGGAAAGCGCUCCCUUGUGGCCACGCUGCUGUGAAUGACCCUUCCUUAUUAUUCCCCACCCCCAAAAUGUGUGAGCGUUUGCUCAGUUGGACUUUUUUUUUUAUUACAUGCUGGAUGAUGCUUUGUCUCAUUUUCUUCCUCCUUUUUACACACCCACAAUACAUUACACGCUUGUUUCCAACGCAGUGACGUUUGCAUGGCGUAUGUGGAGUGUGCUUUUUAGUUGGAGCCCAUAUUAACACACAACAACACGACGGCUGCUGUGACGGGCAGAAACGUAUCGCCAAACACGCGUCACACGCUUGGGACGUGAAAAGGAAGGCAAGUGCGGUUCAAAUUCCAAAUCGGUGAGUCUGUAAAAAUAAAUGCAGCUUAAUAUUUAGGUGGUCUAAUCCAGCUUUGAUAUCCUGUAGAGGAGGCAAAGUCUUACUCUUACUACAUUUAAUGGCUACGAUAGAAAUAAUAUGUACUGCAAAUACAUCACAAUUGAUUUUUAUUGUCUUAUAAAGGAGUAUUAGCCCCGCUCUGAAAAGCAAAAGUAUGUAUUUUUGUUUUUCCUUUAUCAAGAAUAAAGUUGAUCUUCAACAGUCCUCAUUUUCACUGAGCUAAUUGUUAAUAACACAACUUUAUUCUCAUAAAAUCUGACUUUUUUUUUACAUCUGUUCAUCCCCCAACAGUAACCACUCAAUACACCCAACAUUUUGAAAUUACAGAUUUUUUAUUGAAAUAAUUUUCGUUCUCAUAUUUCAUUUUUCACCUCUCGCAAAAUAUGACAUGAUCCUGAUGAAAUGCCAAAUAUUUUCUCAUAAUAUUGAGAUGUUAAUGUCAAAUAAUUUGUAAUAUUGUGAAUUUAUUCCCUUCAUAGUCCAAAUUAUCUUUUGGUUAAUUUUUUUCCUCUCACGCAGACUUUAUUAUAUUCCAAUUCCGGCUUUUUUCCUCAAAAUAUUACAAAUUCCUUUUUGAGAAUUGACAACUGUUUUCUCAUAACAUUACAAAUGUAUUCUUAGAAAAUGAAAACUUUUUAACCUAAUAAUACAAAUGUUUUCUUAAAAAAACUACUUUUUUAUUGCAAUAAUUACAAUUUUUUUUGAAAAUGCAUUUUUUCUUGUUAUAAUUCAAAUUUAUUCUUAGAAAAUGACAACUUUUUUCAUGUUAUGUUACACAUAUGUAUAUCCUUAGAAAAUAACCACUUUUUUUUGUCAUAGUAUAAAUGUAUUUUAGAAAGACACAUUUUUAAUUGUAAUAUUACAAAUGUUUUCCUGAAAAAAAUUUAAUUUCUUAUUGCAAUAAUUACAAAUUAUUUUUUUUUAAAUAAAGUUUUUAUUAAUUUAUCCUUAGAAAAUGACAAUGUUUUAUUGUAAUACUGUACUAAAAAUGUAUUUUUUGUUAAUGAAAACUUUUUUUAAUCGUAAAAUUACAAAUUUGUUUUUUGAAAAUUAAAACUUUUUUCUUAUAAAAUUACACAUUUAUUCUUAGAUAAUGAGAACUUACACGUUUUCUUAAAAAAACAAAUUUUUUCGUGUAAUAGUACAAAUGUAUUUUAGAAAAUGACACAUUUGUAAUUGUAAUAUUACAAAUGUUUUUUUUAAAUAGUACAAUUCUUUAUUGCAAUAAUUACAAAUUAUUUUUUAUACAACUUUUUUCUUGUAAUAUUACAAAUUCUUAGAAAAUAACGUUUUUUGCAUAAUAUUACCAAUUUAUUCUUAGAAAAUGACCAUUUUUAUGGGGAUAUUACAAAUGUAUUCUUCGAAAAUGACAAUUAUUUUUAUUGUACUAUUACAACUUUAUUCUUCGAAAAUGAAAACCUUUUUAAUCAUAAUAUUACAAAUUCCUUCUUUGAAAAUUACAACUUCUUUCUCGUAAAAUUACAAAAAUGAAUUCAUAGAAAAAACAUUUUUCCCACACAAUAUUACAAAUUUGUUCUUUAAAAAUAAUAACUUUUUCACAUAAUAGUACACAUUUAUUUUAUUAUUUUGUUGUUGUGAUAUUAUUUGGCCUUAUUUUUUAUUUAAAACGCCUUCCAUCAAUCCACAGAGCCUUUUGGAUGAACUUUAAGACAUUCAAAAGUUUUGUUUCCAUGAUUUUCGUCCGAAAAUUCCUUCGAAAAAAACUCUUCCGCUCGUCUGUCUUUGCAUCCGACCUGCACCCGCUCCGAUACAUUCUUGGUCGUAGCGUCAAGAUCAUUUCUUGAUGCUGUCUGCAAUUUAACAUCAGCAUAGCCAUUAGAGACCUAAUAUCUGUAAUAUGUGCCAGUGUUACAUCGGAAAUCAGUCAAAAAAAGUUGUAAAGGGCUCCUCAAAUGGCUGGAGUGACUUCAUAGGUCAACCGGAAAAGGAAUUAAUUUAACCGCACUAAAAGGAAAUAGUGCCCCCAGUGUACGGGAGGCACUUGGCCUAUGACCAAUAGUUGCAUUAGAACAGUGGUUCUUAACCUUAUUGGAGGUACCGAACCCCACCAGUUUGAUAUGCGCAUUCACCGAACCCUUCUUUAGGGGUUCUUCAAAUUCAAGAUAAAUAAUAAAUAAUAAUAAAUGGGUUAUACUUGUAUAGCGCUUUAUUUUUACAAAUAAUAUGUACUGCAAAUACAUCACAAUUGAUUUUUAUUGUCUUAUAAAGGAGUAUUAGCCCCGCUCUGAAAAGCAAAAUUAUGUAUUUUUGUUUUUCCUUUAUCAAGAAUAAAGUUGAUCUUCAACAGUCUUCAUUUUCACUGAGCUAAUUGUUAAUAACACAACUUUAUUCUCAUAAAAUAUGACUUUUUCUUCCUAAUAUUACAUCUGUUCAUCCCCCAACAAUAACCACUCAAUACACCCAACAUUUUGAAAUUACAUCUUUUUUAUUGAAAUAAUUUUCGCUCUCAUAUUCCAUUUUUCACCUCUCGCAAAAUAUGACAUGAUCCUGAUGAAAUGCCAAAUAUUUCCUCAUAAUAUUGAGAUGUUAAUGUCAAAUAAUUUGUAAUAUUGUGAUUUAUUCUCUUCAUAGUCCAAAUUAUCUUUUGGUUAAUUUUUUUCCUCUCACGCAGACUUUAUUAUAUUCCAAUUCCGGCUUUUUUCCUCGUAAUAUUACAAAUUCCUUCUUUGAAAAUUACAACUUCUUUCUCAUAAAAUUACAAAAAUGAAUUCAUAGAAAAAAACUUUUCCCCACACAAUAUUACAAAUUUGUUCUUUAAAAAUAAUAACUUUUUCACAUAAUAGUACACAUUUAUUUUAUUAUUUUGUUGUUGUGAUAUUAUUUGGCCUUAUUUUUAAUCAAAUCUUCCUUGUUUUACAUCCCAACCGGCUGACAGUGUUUGGCUUAUCUAUUUACCACUUCUCCACAUACCUCAUCGUGUGUUUCAUGACUAUUUUUUUUGUAUUAGCGGGUCACAUUUGCACUUUAAAACCAAUUAACAACAAAAAAGAACACAAAUGUGAUGUUUUAUUAAGUGUAUGUUUUUGAUCCAUGCUUUUAUCAUGGCGCAUUUAAGUUUGUACUCGUUUUUUUUUUUAAUAAAGCAAGAAGAUUGUCCUGAGAGGCAAAUAAAAGCCGUUCUCACCUA